CCAAGCUUCCAGAUUCACUCUCACUCUCACUCCCACUCACUCUCUGAGUUUCUUCCAAGUCCCUCCAUGGAAAACUGCAGAAAAUCUCCAUUGAAGCCAUGGAAGAAAGGCCCUACAAGAGGCAAAGGCGGCCCUCAGAACGCUUCGUGUGAAUAUCGAGGCGUUCGACAAAGAACUUGGGGUAAAUGGGUUGCUGAAAUCAGAGAGCCAAAGAAGAGAACCAGGCUCUGGUUGGGCUCAUUCGCCACGGCCGAAGAAGCUGCCAUGGCUUAUGAUGAGGCUGCCAGGAGACUCUACGGCCCUGAUGCUUUUCUCAAUCUUCCUCACCUGCAACCCAACUCCUCCAAUCCUUCACUCAAAACACAAAAGUUCAAAUGGUUCCCUUCCCAGAAUUUCAUUUCCAUGUUUCCUCCUUGUGGAAUGCUCAAUAUUAAUGCUCAACCAAGUGUUCAUGUCAUUCAUCAGAGGCUCCAAGAGCUUAAGCAAAAUGGGGUUUAUGGUCAAACUACUCCCUCCUCUAGUUCAUCUUCCUGUGAGUCAAAACCUGAGGCUCACACCACAGUGGACAAAACCCCGAAAGAAAAUGUAGCAGAGAAUAAGGAGAAAGAUGUAGAAAUUACGUUAGAGAAAGUUGUGGGAGGAAGGGAGGAGAAGCCACAGAUUGAUCUCAAUGAGUUUCUUCAGCAGUUGGGUGUGCUCAAGAGAGAGAGACAAUCAGAAGAAUCCGACACCACAACAAGUUUUGCAGCUCCCGAAUCUUCGAUUACAGAAACCAGUGACGAAUUCGGACCCUUUGCUGACAAGAAUUUCAACUGGGAUGCAUUGAUUGAGAUGCAUGGAAUGGAAGACCAAGGAGCAGAAGCUGGUACCUUUCAAGUUUAUGAUGUGAACGAAGAGCUUUAUUUCCCCACUUCUAUUUGGAACUUCUGA